AUCUUUGCGGAGAUGAUGGCCCAAAUUCGCGGGAGAGGGAGGUGCAACCGGCUCACACGCUUUGGGGGGAACCUCAGAGUAGCAUGCGCGUUAUGAUAAACCCUGAACUGUGGCUGGAUUUCAGAGAACGACCUGUGCACAUGAGCUCAACCCUACCCUGAGCACAUGGAGGAGAGAGAACCAGGACCAAAGGUGGGCUGCUUGGGUCCAGACUGAAGAUGAAUUUAAUUACAGACAACUAUCUGUGGUGGAAGUAGGGAUCUCCCUGACAUUGGAGGCCCCCACAGAGAUCUAAAGGAUGUGUAUCCCUCAUACCCCGGUGAUAAACCAAGGCAGAGUCUGGGUGCUCCUUUGACUGUUGGAUGCAUUCCCUUAGCCUGGGUGCUCACUGGCUCUCCAUUCACUGGGUACAACUCAGAACUCCCCAGAAUACUUCCCAGGGAUUGGGCAGCUAAGCCCCUGAAGUGGGUACUUUGCAUCUCAGGACUUUCCCCACAGCUUCAGCUGGCUCUCUAGUCAUCCCAGUUCUCAGAGGGGACUGAGUCAUGUCGUGGUGACAUAACCACACUGAAAAAAGUGCAGUAGCAAGGACAGAAAGUCGGACAAGGGAGAUCUGCUGAGGCCCCACACCCAUCCCCUGCUUCCUUGCCUUUGCGAGGCAGAGAUCGGCAGAGAUCGGAGGGUCAGGGUACCUAGCAAGUCCUCCGCUGCUCAGCCUCGCCCGCUCCAUUUCCCUCUGCCACAUGGGACAGUGGACCAUAGGCCUGGGUUGCAGCAAUGAUCACAUUUAUAAUUUCUCUUCACUUCUCUAUAUGUCCUGCCCUUUGUGAAGAAGGAGUAGUCUCCCAGGCCCCCCUGCCUCCCAGUUUGAGAAGCGAGAUGGCAGGGAAAUGAGACGGGGCUGGCCCAGAUCCCAGUGAAGUGGCUUCCACAUGGCUGAACAGAGAGCUCCAAGCAGGAGCUCACAAAGCAGGGCUUUGAUGGUAGCCCCGCAGGCCGGGCCUCUCCCCUCUCCCUCAGGGUGCUUCACUUGCUUCAUUCUGGGCCUCCUGUGAGCCUGACUGAAUGGGAAACGGUGGGCCUGAGAAGUUCCUUGUGACACACUAAUCCCAGCUUGCUGACCUGACCACACCCCCAAAGAAAGCAGCCUCCCGAGCUCCAGAACAAUUCAGGCAUCCAGUAGCCCCAAGAAAGAGCUGUCAGGGACGGUCAAGACUCGGAUGAAAUCACACAACUUGCAAGUGUGAGAGACAGCAUUGCAAUCCAGGCCCCACACCCUGCUGCCCCAAGCUGCUUCUUGGUGUCUACAGAAGUCACAACUUAGUCUUGACUUCUUUGACUGCUGGACAAAGGCUACCCGGAGAGACCAGGGCAGAGCAAACAGGUUCUUUCUCUCCCCCCUUCAGUGUCUUCAAGAGGCAGUAUGUCAGACGGGGUGGGCACUUUCCGCAUGGUUCCUGAAGAGGAGCAGGAGCUCCGAGCACAACUGGAGCAGCUCACAACCAAGGAUCAUGGUCCUGUCUUUGGCCCAUGCAGCCAGCUGCCCCGCCACACUUUGCAGAAGGCCAAGGAUGAGCUGAAUGAAAAGGAGGAGACCCGGGAGGAAGCGGUGAGGGAGCUACAGGAGCUGGUACAGGCACAGGCAGCUUCUGGCGAGGAAUUGGCCCUGGCAGUGGCUGAGAGGGUGCAGGCAAGAGACAGCGCCUUCCUCCUGCGCUUCAUCCGUGCCCGCAAGUUCGAUGUGGGUCGUGCUUAUGAGCUGCUCAAAGGCUAUGUGAACUUCCGCCUCCAGUACCCUGAACUCUUCGAUAGUCUCUCCAUGGAGGCUCUCCGCUGCACUAUCGAGGCCGGAUACCCUGGUGUCCUUUCCAGUCGGGACAAGUAUGGUCGAGUGGUUAUGCUCUUCAACAUCGAAAACUGGCACUGUGAAGAAGUGACCUUUGAUGAGAUCUUACAGGCAUAUUGUUUCAUUUUGGAGAAACUGCUGGAAAAUGAGGAAACCCAAAUCAACGGCUUCUGUAUUGUUGAGAACUUCAAGGGCUUCACCAUGCAGCAGGCAGCAGGGCUCCGCCCCUCGGAUCUCAAGAAGAUGGUGGACAUGCUCCAGCCAUGGUACUUCACCACCACCUAUAAUGUGGUCAAGCCCUUCUUGAAGAACAAGCUGCUACAGAGGGUCUUUGUUCACGGAGAUGACCUGGAUGGCUUCUUCCAGGAGAUUGAUGAGAACAUCCUGCCUGCUGACUUUGGGGGUACACUGCCCAAGUACGACGGCAAAGUUGUUGCUGAGCAGCUCUUUGGUCCCCGGGCUGAAGUUGAGAACACAGCCUUAUGAGGAGAUGCCCUGCCAUGGGAUCCGUAUUAGCAUCCCAGUCCUUCUUCAGCUUUCCUGAACCCAAGUCCGGGGACAGGAAUGCCUGAAGGGACUGUUUUCCCAGACUUCCCUAGGUUUAGGAACGCUCUAGUGGCACCUCAUCCCAAACCGACCUAGAGGGCAGUGAGGCAGGGGAAUGCCUUUCAUCGGGAGAUAUGUGGGGCAGUUAAAUUCCCACCUGCCUCUGCAGUUACAGGGCAGUGACUCUGAGAGAAGUUGGAUUUCAAAGACUAAUUAGGCUUCUCCGUGAUUUCCUUUGUAAUCGCUUUGAUACUUAGGGCGUGGAAGGCAGAGUUAAAGGCAUACUUGCAAUUCAGUAAAAAGAAGAAAGAGAGGGGCUUGAAGCUCUGAUGAUCUUAACAGCAGUAGGCAGAUAAGGGGUUUCCCACCCAGGAUUCCAGGGAGGGGCCAGCAACCUUAGCACAGUUGCUGAUGAAUACUCUAGUAGCUAAGAGCUCUGGACUCUGUCCAGGGUGGAGGUCAUGUCCCUUCCUCUCCACCCAUCUUGGAUGUGAUCCUUGGUGCUGGGGCCCCCAUUCACUAGAUGCUGUAGGCUUUGUUGUAUGGUUUUACUUAAAUGUACCUUUGACAUCUUCCCCGAACACUCUCAGUUCUUAUUAGGCAAAUAAAACCGUUCUUUGUCUUGUGUCACACUC